GGGUGGUGCCGGAUGUUACAUAUCAAUUGCAGUACGUCGACAUGUUCUAUGCUCCUAAUACGCUGGAUACAAACUAAUUCUUUCUGGGUGAAGGGAGAAAGACCGACUCGCCGAGGGCACGAUAGUUAGCCAAAUGUUGCCCCACAGGUGGAGGUUUGGUUGGGACAGGUUCAGUGAGGUGGAUCUGUUCAGAGACCUCAAUGAGACUGAUGCAGAGACUCUUUCUCAGGCCAUCAGAGCUGCAGCAUCUGAGGAGCCCGACGCAGACGGCAGUGUGCUGUUUGGCCGUCUGCAGGGCACUGUGGUCGGCCUCAGAUAUUACACAGGGGUGGUGAACCAAGGGGAAAUGGUCGGUUUGGUGCGUGAGCCCCAGAAUCAAUAUGACCGCAAUUCAGUGAUGGUCGCCAACAUUUAUGGCAACCAGGUGGGACACAUCAAGAGGCAGCUGGCAGCAGCUAUGGCCUAUGUCAUGGACAACAACUUGGCUAAAGUAGAGGGGGUGGUGCAUUCAGGGACGAAAAACAAGUUCAAUAUGCCAGUGAUGCUGUCGUUCUUGGGGAAAGAAGAGAACAAAAACACAGUUAUUCAAUAUAUGUCAAAUCAUGGAUACAAGUUGAACACAGGUGGAAUCGCAUCAAGAGGUUCAUAUCAAACAUAUAAUAGUUUGGGGGCUUAUGCAUUGCCAUCUAAAAAAGGUGUGACUAUCCCACUAACUGCAGAGGAGCUGAAGAAUGCAUUUGAUCAUCUGUUUGAAGGCUUGAUGGAGAGUAAAGAUGGAGAGAAAGAAGCAGCCAAGUCUGUGGGAACUCCCCUCCUGCUUCACCAGAAGCAGGCGCUGUCCUGGAUGUGUGCUCGAGAAAACAAAUCUGCACUACCACCCUUCUGGGAGAAGAGAGGUGAACUGUACUACAACAGUGUCACAUGUUUCUCUGCCAAAGAAAUACCAGAGAGGGUUUGUGGGGGAAUACUAGCAGAUGACAUGGGAAUGGGGAAAUCUCUGACAACCAUUGCUCUGAUUCUCACCAACUUCCAUAAGGGAAAGCCCCUACCUGUGGAGAAAUGCCUAAGUGAGGAGCAGUCUUCAUCUAUCAAAGCCAAACCUGAACCAAAGGUGGCCUCCAAACUCAAAGGAAGCAGCAGUGCAUGUGAUGGAGCAGGAGCGAGUGAUGUAGCAGCUGAGUCUAUAUACUCAGACUUCCCCCAGGUGGAGAUGAUCUGUGAUGAUACGCCAGACAUAGUGGAGAUUGUGGACAAUUCAGAGAAAAGUGCGUGCAAAGGAAAGGUGAAAACUACCAAGCGAAAGCUCGGUAAAGAGGCCCCAGUAUUAGUGGAGGAUCUGGACUUUGCUGCAGCACUGAGUGGCUCAGCAUCAGAUACCGGCUUAAAGAAGAAGAAGAAAACUACCAAGAAGGCCACUCCCACACAGAGUGUGGACUCUUCCAUACCUGAAAGUGCAUAUGACUUAUCAGCUAGAACAACUCUCAUCAUCUGCCCACUGUCUGUGCUCAGCAACUGGCUGGACCAGUUUGAGCAGCAUGUGCAUGCUGAUGUGAAGCUCAACGUGUACUUGUAUUACGGCUCAGAGCGCAACCGGAGCAAGAAGUUUCUGUCCUCUCAGGAUGUGGUGAUCACCACCUAUAAUGUCCUCUCCUCUGACUUUGGGAAUAAGAGUUCUCUCCAUGGCAUUAAUUGGCUCAGGGUUGUGCUGGAUGAAGGUCACAUCAUAAGAAACCCAAAUGCACAAAUGAGUAAGGCUGUGCUUGAAUUGAAGGCUCAGCGACGCUGGAUUCUUUCAGGUACUCCUAUCCAGAACAGCGUGAAGGACCUGUGGAUGCUGCUGGCCUUUCUCCGUCUGAAGCCCUUUGAUGUGAGGGAGUGGUGGAACAGAGUGAUCCAAAGACCAGUUAUACAAGGAGACAGGGCUGGCCUGCAGAACCUUCAGAUCUUGGUGAAAUGCAUCACCCUGCGGCGGACAAAGAGCAGCAUGCUGAAUGGGCAGCUCCUAGUGUCUCUACCUGAGAAGACGGUAUGUGUGGAGCAGGUGAAACUGAGCCAGCCAGAGAGAGAGGUCUAUGAGCUGGCACGUAAUGAGGGAAGAAGCACAAUAGGCAGAUAUGUAGCUGAAGGGACAGUCUUGAGAAACUAUGCUGAUGUAUUGGCCAUCCUGAUGAGGCUCCGACAGCUCUGCUGCCACCCUGAUCUGCUGGCAAAGACAUCCUCAGAUCUCGGUGCUGCAGUGACACCUGCAGAGCUGCGGGAGCGUUUGAUAAAGAAGCUGAAGAUGGUGUUGGCCAGUGGCUCUGAUGAGGAAUGCUCUGUGUGCCUGGACUCGGUCCGUCUGCCGGUCAUUACACACUGCGCCCAUGUUUACUGCCGACCCUGCAUCGCUCAAGUCAUCGGCACUGAGCAGGACAGGGCACGCUGUCCUCUUUGUCGAAGUGAGAUCAAGACUAGUGAGCUGGUGGAGUUUCCACAGGAGGAAAUUGAGGAAGAGAACAACAUGAACUCUGAGAAGUGGAGGACAAGCUCGAAGGUGCAGGCGCUGAUGGGAAACCUCCUCAGGCUGCGAUGUGAAGACAGCAGCAUUAAGUGUUUGGUUGUCUCUCAGUUUACACGUUUCCUCACCAUACUGGAGACUCCACUCAGAGAGCAUGGUUUCAGUUUUGUGCGUUUGGAUGGCACCAUGAGCCAAAAGAGGAGAACCCAGGUGAUCAGGGAGUUUCAGAGCUCUGCGGCCAACAGCCCUGUCAUCAUGCUUCUGUCCCUCAAAGCCGGAGGGGUUGGGCUUAACUUGACUGCUGCCUCCCAUGUGUUUCUCUUGGACCCUGCAUGGAACCCUGCUACUGAGCAGCAGUGUAUUGACCGCUGCCAUCGCCUGGGCCAGAAGAGGAAAGUCGUCAUCACCAAGUUCAUUGUGAAGGAUUCAGUGGAGGAGAACAUGGUGAAGAUCCAGAGGAAGAAACAGGACCUGCUGGAGAAGGCAUUUGGCUCCACAAACACCGACAGGAAAACCUCCCGUGUUGACGACGUCAAAGCGCUGCUGGAGCUGUAGCGACACACAUUGUCAAUGUCCUCUUUGUAUUUCAAGUUUGAGUUGAUCAUUAAUCUUCUAAAUGUAAUUAUACUAAUUCACAACAAGAUAUGUAUCUUGGCAAGCUUUGUUUAUGAUUAGACCAUAAAAAUGCCAAAGCUGGACAACUGUGUCAAGGUGCAUGAUAAAGAUUUGUUAAAAUAACACUGGGGUAAAGAAACGACGCCCACCUGUUGUAGUAGUUUAGGUUCUUGGUAGAACAGACACCCCAUCUUGAGCUCUUAGAACUAGACAGUUUUCACAACCUAAUACAUUUUGUUGCAGCUACACCAGGUCACUAGUAUAAUCUAAAAACAAGAAAUGACAGGAAGGGUGAGGACAAGGUGGUUCAUAACUAGUUCUUUAUUAGCACUGUGACAGGGCUGGACAGUUAACAUGUGGGGAGAAGGACAGAUCUGGAUUAACCAAUGCCACAUCUUUACGUUCCACUUGCCUCUUAACCUUGACAGCUUCUUAUAGCAAAGUGGAAUAAAGAGUGUUUAUUGUUUUUAUAAGUUGCAGGUAAUUUACACAGAGCUGAAUUGAAAUUUGUAACAGGGAAGCCUCAAAUGUUCAACUUGUAAGGCCAUUAGCAGCAGCAGUUACAGUAACUGAAGUUAUGUAAACCAAGUAAUAAGGCAGCUCGCAACACUACAGACGGGAAGUGAUGAAACCUAAGUGAUGGCACAAAGACACCGCUAUAACAUGCAGGGCACACAUACAGAUGCCAGAUGUCUGGGGAGCACACUAGUGGGGGGGGUGGGACCCCACACAUGCAUACAAAAUAUCACUUCAGGAUGUGGGUGGACUUGUAGUUAUACUUACUGACCCAAGUUUUAGCUCUGUGCCAUGCAAAUACAACACAACAAGCCUAGCCCUAAUACAGUACCAGACAUUACAAAGCUAAAGUCACAGGGAGUUGGUGUCAGAAGCAUAGACAUGGAUGACUACCUAGAUGCUCUGAUGAGGGGAAUGCUUGUCAGACUGUCCUAACUGGCCCAAACAGAGCAAGGACUGCAAGAAGGAAGCGAGCCAGUUGCUCUAUAAAAUGGUUCCGGACAGUAGAGAGACUUAUUGCAGGGGUCAAGUUGUGGUAAAAUCCAGAAACAACUCUUAAACAUUAAUUUGCCUUCAGCCAUAUGCCUCACUUCACAGGUUAGGAAGACUCAGGACUGUGGGUGCUUUUCUAUCAGAUGCACAAGAACAUAAAGGAAUAGUUACAACAUUUUGGGAAGAAGCUACACAUUCACUGUAUGACGCUACUGCCAACAAACCAACUUUAGAUGAAAGCCAAGCUGAAGCUCACCAAUUUGUUUAAUCUGUACAAAAAAAAAAAAAAA